GUCCUCAAUUUCUUGCCCCUGAUCCCACAGAACCUAGUCCUGAAUUUCGACUGUUCUUUGCUUAAGCCUGGCCCCGGCUGGCUUCCGUAGAUAAUUUCCCUACUCUAAAACCCCCCUUAUUAUAAGACCUUGCUGCUCGCUUGGUGGGUGUAGCGGAUAUUCGAAUUUCAAAUCCAUUCAAAUCGAACGGAAUCGGAUUCAUGAAUCGAAUAAUUGAACCUACUUGUCGAUUUCGCGAGCGGAGGUGUCUCGUGUCUUUCUCAAAGCCUCGCCAAAAAGCCUCGACGAUGGCGAUGACGGGAUGGCAACCAUCAACUGGCAUCUUGUGAAUGAACCAAAGGACCUCUCGUAAAGGCACCCAGCUCAGCCAGAAAAAGAGAAAAUGGGCAACGAUACCUCUAGACCAAGGGGCUCGCGCCCAGCGACAAGCAAACAAAAGACAGGCAGGUCGGGUUACCAGCCAACAGCACCACGACCGCCCCGACAGAACAAUCGCACGACAGCCACUGAGAAAUCCGAUCGCAGCAUCAAGAUCAGUGUCAGGAACGUCCAGAAAGAUGUUUCCAUGAAGAGUGCUGAUCAGAGAAGGAAGCAGGGCACAGCGAAUGACGACAGUGUCAAGACUUUUGCAGCCAGUUUGGCCACACAAUCUGCCAACCACUAUAGGAAGGGAAAUGAUUUUGUCAUGAUUACGGAUGCACUCUCAGAUGUCAGAAUCAACUAUCACAUUGAUGCCAAAGAGGUUGGCCACGGCCACUAUGGCGUGGUACGCAAAUGUAGGCAUAGAGAAAGUGGUGAUUCUUUUGCUAUCAAGUCAAUUCGAAAGGCCAAAGUGUCCAAAAUCGAAGUAUUGAAACGAGAAAUUGACAUUCUGAAAGAAGUCAGGCACCCCAAUAUCAUCCAAUUGGAGGAAGUAUAUGAAGAUGAGCGGUACCUUCACCUCGUUACCGAACUUUGUACUGGAGGAGAGCUCUUCGAUCGAAUCAUUGCCAAAACACAAUCUGCAGAAGGUCAUUUCUCCGAGCAUGAUGCUGCGACACUUGUUAGAGACAUUCUAGAUGCCAUUCGAUACUGUCACUCUAAAGGCAUUGUCCACAGGGAUCUAAAACCAGAGAACUUUCUCUUCUUGACAGCCGAUGACUCGCCCAUCAAGAUCAUUGAUUUUGGGUUGUCCCGGCAUGAUGACUCGAUCCAAGGGAUUAUGAAAACCAAAGUGGGUACACCCUACUAUGUGGCACCAGAAGUGCUUCGGAGAGAGUACACAAACAGUUGUGAUAUCUGGAGUAUUGGUGUCAUUUCCUACAUUCUACUGUGUGGAUAUCCGCCUUUUUAUGGUGACAGUGACGCUCAAAUAUUUGACGCAGUGAAAGUGGGCAAGUUCGACUUCCCCUCUCCGGAAUGGGAUGACAUUAGCCAGCUGGCAAAGGACUUUGUUGUUUCCUUACUGAAGAAACUCCCCAAAGACAGACCCACAGCAGAACAAGCCAUGAAACUGCCUUGGCUGAUCAAUCAGCUGGGUGAUGAAUUGCCAAAACACACUCCAGCACUAACCCUGCGAAGAGGAGAUCGUGGAGCUGAGUUCUCGAAGUAUCUGGGAAUGAAGAAGCUUCGAAAGGAAGCCCUUGGCUGCAUUGCCUCCAAUCUCACACAGGAACAGGUGGGGUAUCUUGGAGAAAUAUUCAAGAGUAUUGAUAAGGGGGGAGAUGGUGUCUUGACACUGAAUGAACUAGAUCAGGCAAUUGCCAGAGGAAACAUUCCCGCAAGUGUACAAGACGAUUUGAGAUCUCUGAGAGAUAAGCUGUCGCUGUCGGAAGACGCCACCUUGAACUGGAAGGACUUUCUUUCGGGGACAAUAGACAAGACACUAGCAAUGAGAGAAGACAACAUCAGAAUGGUCUUCAACCAUUUCAAGCAAGGAGCCGAUGCUGAUCAUCUGAAAUUUGAAGAUGUGGUUGAAAUCUUUGGGGGUGAAGCACAAGCACUAGAGAUCAUACAAUUUAUGGAUUCUGAUGGUGAUGGAGUCAUCUCAUUUGAAGAUUUCAGGAAAGCAGUGGAGGAGAGCUUGGCAGAAGGCGACGACGACUUCGAUGUGAGUGUCUAGACUGCUAGCUAGUAGUAGAGUUUUGAUAGUUAUUUUUGAUACGCCAUGGAGGCGCCUUUGUUAAUGUUAUGUAGACUAGCUAGUUUCGUUUCUUGCUAC